GUCGCCGACGCCAGACCUGUGCUGCCGCGCCGCGCUGUGCCCAGUGCCCACGCCAGUGUCCGGGGCGCUCCGUCGCUGCCUGGCUGUGCCCUGGCUGUGCCUGCAUUCUUGGAUACUGCCGCUAGGACGUAGGGGUGUAUGCGCGCCGACCGGGUGUGAUUCAGUGUAGUGUGUGAGUGUGUGUGAGUGGAUUGGAUAGCCUCCAGACAGCAAGCAGCCCCACACGCAGCGGACAUUGGAUUACUCUUCGCCGUCGCAGCGUCAAAGGAUGCCCUAGCCAGUGACCAUGCCGGGCAACAGCCCCCGCGAGGGUGGGGUGGCGGCCGAGCCGGCCGUGCUGGCCCCCGACAGCCUGGGCGACAGCGUGGGCGACAGUGUGGGCGACAGCCCCACCCCCAGCAGCCCCGCCACCAGCCCCACGCCCAGCAACGCCAGCAACGCCAGCCCCUCCAACCUGGUCGACAAGAUGGAGUCGCAGCGACGGCUCAGCACCUCCUCGGACGCGUCCUCCUCGGGCCUCAACGACUCGCAGAAGCACGACUCAGCCAUGGAUUACAUUCCAACGAGGAUGACGAAGGUCUCAACGCCCAAGCCAGCGGCGAACCCUCUGCAGUUCGUCAAGGUGGGGCCCUGCGACCUCUUCAAAUCAGCUCAAGAAACCCUGAAGAAGGUGGAGGAAGUGAAGAAGAUGAAGAGGGAGGUCCGGGAUGAAGCCGAGGAGUGGCAGUCUAAUUUAGACAAUUGGAAGUGCAGUCGAAGGAAGAGGGUGGAGCAUAUAAUCGACAGAGUUGUAGAAGUAAAGAAAUUUGAACUGGAAGAGCAUGAACGCAACAGGAGAAAGGCAAAAACAUUCAGUGAAAUGAUGGAAGAAAGGACAUCGAGGGGGAGAAAAAUGAGUCUCCUUGUCCACAAGGAUGACGAUUCAAACGAUCUGAGUGAUCUUGGAAUUGGCACAAGUAGUGACAAAAGUAGUGUGAGUGAAGAUUUUACAAAUGAUGACAACCACAGCAUGGAUGAUGGAGAUGUGUCACUAAAAAGCCACUACCAUGACCAAAAUGGUAACAGCAAACAAAACGGUGCAAGAGGCAAGGUUGCAACUAAUGGGCAUGAUGAUGAUACAUCAACCAAUGCAACAAUCUCUUCGCCAGAACCAGAGGAAUACACAUAUGACAGAGCCAUUCAAGGCUACAUGAAUUUUACAGAAACUAGAGUCAAGUCAAGAAAUGUGACCCAUGCUUCUAGGUCAGAAACUGAAAUAGUCGAAGAUGGUCCGAUGGAAAAAUCCACUAAACCAUCACCUCAAAAGCGUUCGCCUGCUACAGGUCCUAAAUCACGAAAGGAUUCAGUAAAUGUAGAAGAAGAUAUUGCUGACAUGGAAAGACUACAGUCAAGGAAGUUCAGUGGGUCAUCUAGUGAUUUACAAUCCUCUGAAAAGAAGCUCAAUGUUCCUAAAGUGGACAUUCUUAAGAGGAAGGAACUUUUUGAGAGAUCUGAAUCCUGUGACGCAAAUGAGCAGUUUAAAAUUGCUCCAAGAGCUGCCGGAGACCUUGUUAACUCAAAGAGCAUUCGUGAUCGUAUGUCUCAUCUUGGGAAACAAAAGAGUGAGGAAAUUGUAGACAAACCUAAACAAGCGAAACAACUUUCAAGUGAAAUUUCAGUCAAGGACAGAUUAUCUUUGCUUGAAAGACAAAAAUCAACAGAUAGUCAAAUCAAAGUGACCAGUAGCUCCAAAUUAAAUACUCUUGCUUCCUCAGGAGAUGGCUCAGCAUCUACCCCUCCCACUAUCAAAGAUCGUCUCAGUUGUUUGGAACAAGUAUCAUCACAAGAUAGAUCGUCUAAAAUUUCUUCAGAAAUAACUCCAACCUCCUAUCAAAGAACGUUUGUCUGACUGGAGGCACCCAGAGAAAUUCCCAAGAAAGUUAUGCCAGACAGAGAUCCUUCUUUCCGAGAUAAAUUGGCAAACUUCCGCAGCACAGAAGUAGAUUUAAACUCAUCAGAAGUUUCUAAAUCUGUAAAUAAUACUGUUGUGGAUUCAUCAGUCAGAUUUGUAAGCCCUGAUAAUGAGGAAUUUUACUGUAAGCGACCAUUUCAUAGGUCGUUAGACAGUUUGGAUGUUGAUUCCUCAAGUGUCGUAAGCAAUGAGCCCUAUGAAAGAGUUCAAAGCUUAGAAGAUCUUGACAGCUGUGGACCAAGCAGAAAUUAUCCUGCCUCUGCUUCUUCCAAUGAAAACCUAGUUCUGUCAUCCCAUAGUGGGGACACAGACCGUGAAGACAGUGGUAUCCACACUGCAGAUGUUUCGUGUUCUGUCAGUCAGGCAGAUGAACCUGCAGACCUUGGUGAUAUUAAUAUGCCUUGCAGCAACAUGUUUUCGGAAAAUGGUGGUGCUUAUGGUGCAGAAAAUGAACAAAAUAUGGAAUACGCUCCACCAACAAUUGUGAGCCAGCUUGCAAAGAUCAAUAUAACUGAGACUGUCCCUUUUGAAAAUGUCUCAAACCAUUCAGAAGUUGUAAGUCCAGAAAAAAAUUACUCUUCACACUCACAGGUGUUGGUUGACUCAACUAAUUCAUAUUCAUCCUCAAAGUCUAGUGUUGCUUCUUCUAAAAUAUAUUCUGGCCAGCACUCCUCUCUUCCAACAAUUCAUGAAGUUUCUCAUGACUGCUCCCCUGUGGUGUUUGUCUCUGACACUGAAUCUGAAACAUAUAUUAGUUGUACAGAGUCUCUUUUUCCUAAUACAGUCAAAACAGACUCUCUUGAAGCUGAAAAUAUCUUUGCGUGUACCAGUGACUCAGAAACUGAACAACUAAUUUCUCAGUCUGCGGUGGUGGUGCCAGACAAAGUUGAUGUGGCUGUUGUUGCUGCUUCAUCUGGAGAAACUUGCAUGCUUAAUGAUAACCCGAGUGAAGUUUUCAUUUCACCUUCACAUUUUGCUGCUGCGGAUCAAUCUUCCUUGGAACAGUGUUCAGAGGACAAGGAUACUGACAUGACAGAUGUCUUGGUGUUGGUGGCGUCAGAGAAUUCACAUGGCACUGGCCAUAGACCCAGCAUAGAGAAGGGGUCUAAAGUGUAUAGUCAUGGUGUGAAUUCAAGAGACUCCUUCAUCGAUCGAGAUUUGUCCUCAGUCACAUCAGGUGACACUGAUGCUGAUGUUAGUUCCUUUCUUGAUCAAGCGUUACUUGAAGAGGACAUGAAAAUGUCACCACCACAAACUCAGCAACCAUCUGCUGCUAAGCUUGAUGUGCAGACCAAUGAGGUCAGUGUUGUUCCCCUUCAACUCUCUUUUCCUCUGGGCACUUCUACAUCUGCUGAACCUCCAAAAGAGAAGCCGCCUCCACCCCCUGUUGAACUUAGUGAUGAUGAGGAAAAUGUUGAUCAUCAAAAGAACAAUUCAUUAUGUUCCGCUCGCAAUAAUAAUUCAAAAAGCAACCUUGGUCGCCUGGACUCUACCAAGAGGAUUAAAAAGGAUAUGCGCCGCAAAAGGUCUGACUUCUUGGGCAUAGAGGGAAGCAACGACAGCUAUCUUGAUUGCGAAUUGAAUGUGGCUCCCCCACCUGAUAUGACAUCAUUCUUGCAAGAAGAGCGUCGCCUAGAACAAGAACUAUACCGUCAAAUGCAGCCAACCCUGUAUCCUGAGUCUGACCAUGGUUCCAAUCAGGGAGAAAGCAGGGAUUCAGGUGUUGAGUUGGACAAUCAUUUGCAUUCACACAACCCGCACACUGACUACAGUCAUGAGGUUCAGUCAUGCGACAAUCACAGUCGUCAGAACAGUGAGACCUUUGGAAACGCAAGUUCCACUUCCGAGGAAGAUGAAAUAAUUAAAAAGGAAAGAGAAAUAAUUGAAAUGCUGGAGAAAGAGGAGCAAUGGCGAUAUGGUACUAACACUAUUCUGUCUCCCAGUGAUCACCACCAAGUCGGUGAAAAACUAGCAGCAAAAUUGAGAGAAUUGGAACAAGAAAAGAUGCGGCUGGAGUGGGAGCGAGCUGAGGAGUCUCGUAAAGUAGCUGCAGAGCAGGCUGCUCGUCAGGAAGACCAGAGGCGAAUUAGACUUAAGGAGCAGCAUCUGAGACAGCAAGAGAGUAGGCACGCUGGUGGUGCAGGUGCACCAUUCGACUGCGACCCAUCAGACAUGACUCCGGAGGCUCUUCGUGAGGAGCAAGAGAGAUUAAAACAAGAGCAAGCCGAGCUCAACAGGCAGAGAGAAAUAUUUGCUGCCAACCAAGUGAAUAACCGCCAAAGCUGGGACUCAUCAUCUUCAACAGCGCACCGGUCAUUGCAAGAUGUUUCAGGGUCUCCUCUCAUAGGAAGUCACAGCCAACUCAAUGUGCCUGUCAAUAAUGCCCCUUUAAAUUAUCGGCUGUCAUUACCUGACCUGCAACAAUCAGAUUUAGCUGUUCAGUCUAUGGCUGCACAUCAUCAUAGACCACCACCUCCUAUUCCUCCUGCAAAGCCCCUCUCAGUUAUCAGCCAGGAAAGACACAGUGAUAAUGGUCUCUCAAGGCAAGAGCAUUUACAGUCAUCAGCGGAUUCAUUAGCCCUCUCGUCAGAAUCCCAACACAGUCGAUUUAAUUCUGUGGGACUACCUUCUGUGCCAAUGGCAGUCUCUCCAACAUCAUCCACAGGAAGUCAACAGAUGACUCGUCAGACACUUCAUGCCUUAAGUGCUGCCCCCAGAAGUAAAAUCAUUGCCACUGAUACUUGGGUGCAAGCCAAGAGAAAACCAGAAAGCCAACGUAAUAAUAAUCGUGAUCACUACCAACACUGGCUCAUUCAGGAAGCUGAGCAAAGGCGCAUUACAGAGCAACACCAGCGAAAUGCUGUGUCUCGCAAGUCCUUGCCACCUAAUGUGCCACAGACUCAACACAACCCACCCAAAGCAAACACCACAGUUCAGCCUCAAACGGCGCAAGGUUGGCAGUACCCUCAUACUCACCAUCAGCAUACUGUUCAUCAAUUGCCACAUCAGCAUCAGCAUCCUCACCAACCCCACCCUCAUCCUCACAUGCAACAUUCCCAUGUUCCAAUUCAGACAUCAGCACCACCUGUACCUCCGCCGCCAAGGCAAGAAAAGCCCUUACCUGAUGCCAUCAUUCAAACACUUACUCAACGUGUGCAAAACAGAGCAAACAUGAAUGACACUAACCGAAGACUUGAUAACAGCCCAGCACGUGAGAGCCGUUCAGUGAACCUAAUUGCAUCAAACAACAUGAAUAACAACAAUAUGAGUAAUAUCAAUAUUAGUCACAGUCACACCAAUGGAAGCUAUGCUGCAAACUCACAAGAGAAAAUGUUGAGUGUUAGUGGUAAGAAGAAGUGUUCUCACUGCAAUGAGGAGUUAGGUCGAGGAGCAGCUAUGAUAAUUGAAAGUUUACGUCUGUUUUACCACAUGGACUGCUUUAAAUGCUGUGUGUGCCAUGUUCAACUUGGGGAUGGACUCAUGGGCACUGAUGUCCGGGUUCGCAACCACAAGCUACAUUGUCACAAUUGUUAUUCCAGUGAUGAUGGAGUAAAAUUUAGCUGUGUUUAAGGUUUUUUUUUCCUCAUUAUGCUGUAAACAAACAUCUAUUAGUCAGAGUCUGCAAAGGCUCCUUCUUGUACUUAAGUAACCUGUAAAUCUUUGUGAUCUAGUUGCGUCGACAAGACCAAAACAUAAUUAUGUAUGUGUUUAUAAUGCUAAGAAGACAUUGUAGGAGGUCAAUCAUAGCCAAGGUGACUAAAACUGAGAAGUACACGAUACAUGUCCUUCAUGUAGUUGUAGUAUGUAUGUAUUGUAUUUAACUCUUAAAUUUCUUUCUAAGAACUGUAAAAAAAAUUAAAAAUAAUGAUUAAGUGUUUAAGAUUUUGCACUUUUUGUUUUGUUGAAGUGCAUGUACAUAUUACCGGUAGGCUCAAAUAUUAUGUAGCCACUAGCCACUUAUCUGUGACUUUACCAACUCAUUAUUGGCAUGUACUAAAUUUCCUAACUGUGUUUGUAAUUAUUGUGAAUAGGUAUGUGUAUAAAAUGUGUAAAUAUAUAUUGUAACAUAUAGUUGUAUUGUUAAAUGUAUCAAGUCAACCUACCACACGACCAACAAACCCCAGACUUGUGUUUAAUAUGUAGUAGAAUUACAUAGUUCGUAUAAAAAUUGCCAAAGUUGGUAAACUUGCUCCGAUAACUCUUGUAAAAAUUAUGAAUAAAAUGAUGGAGAAAUGUGUUAUGUCUGUUAAAGGUAUAUAGCUUUAUUUAUGUCUCGAAAUUAACAGAAAUAGAAAGUACUGGAAUGACUUGCAAUGUUGUUUUUUGUUUGUUACUUUCUUCCUGACUUCCUGCAAGGAGAGGAACUGUGUGUUUGUACUGUAUGUAUAGCUUUAAAGCCUAUGACAAUCUGGUUCAUUUGUAAUUUGAUUCUGGCUGCCACGGUCCUAAUGUUAUUCAUCAAAUAUGUUGUUGAUUUUUUUUUUGUGAACCAGGAUGAUGUUUUAAGUCAAAGCCUUAUUUCUUUUCUUUUCUUGCUAAUCUGUAAAUGUAGUAACACAGUUCCAUUCGAGCAAUCCAUUCAAGAGGAGUUUGUUGUACGCAAGUUGUAAUAUGUGCUAUGGGCUUAUGUCAUGCAUACUGCUCUUUGUAGUUUUGUAACAAUAAAGAGUAUUCUUGGUUCAUUUUAAA